AUGCUGGUCUCUCGGAGCACCUUGUCGGAGAACCUGGCGUUAAACGUAGCAUCACUAUAAAUAAAUGAAUCGGAAUUAAUAAGGUAUGGUGACAACGCUGCACAAGUCGUUUAUACAGUUUCUGGAGCGCAUGAUGGAAAUUAGGUAUUCACAGGUGUGUUUUCUACCUGUGUUUCUGUUUAUAAAUGGAGUGUCUCUGCAGGAGACUGUUGUGGGUUUUAUUGGAGGCUCUGCUGUUUUACCUUGUUCUUCUAAAGAUCCUCCGCAUACCAUUCAAGGCAUAGGUGUGUAUUGGAGACACAGCAGCCAGAAUGUUUAUGGCAUUAUUUAUGGUAAAGUCUCUGUGGAAGGACAGGAUCCAGAGUACAGGAACAGAACUGAAAGCUUCCCCGAGGAGUAUAUGAGAGGAAACUUCUCCAUCAAACUCAACAACCUUCAACACACUGAUGCAGGAGAAUACAAGUGCUACAUCAUAGAGGAAUCAGUAGUCUGGAGAGUUAAGCUUUUAAUUAAAGAGAGACCAGAAAGGCCAAUCCCCAGUGAAGGCACAAAACCAAAACCAGAGAUGAUUGUAAUGAUCAUUUCCGUUCUGUUUAUUGGUAUUAUAUUUUCAUUGGCUGUAUUCACAGUGUCUCUGCAGGAGACUGUUGUGGGUUUUAUUGGAGGCUCUGCUGUUUUACCUUGUUCUUCUAAAGAUCCUCCGCAUACCAUUCAAGGCAUAGGUGUGUAUUGGAGACACAGCAGCCAGAAUGUUUAUGGCAUUAUUUAUGGUAAAGUCUCUGUGGAAGGACAGGAUCCAGAGUACAGGAACAGAACUGAAAGCUUCCCCGAGGAGUAUAUGAGAGGAAACUUCUCCAUCAAACUCAACAACCUUCAACACACUGAUGCAGGAGAAUACAAGUGCUACAUCAUAGAGGAAUCAGUAGUCUGGAGAGUUAAGCUUUUAAUUAAAGAGAGACCAGAAAGGCCAAUCCCCAGUGAAGGCACAAAACCAAAACCAGAGAUGAUUGUAAUGAUCAUUUCCGUUCUGUUUAUUGGUAUUAUAUUUUCAUUGGCUGUAAGUUUAUUCAGCAACAUAAUCAACAUCACCUGCUCUGCCUGUUCCUGUGUGGCCUUCCCUCGACUUGCCGAGCUGUGCCCUGUUCUGGCCUUUCUGCUGGUUUUUCCCCCUUGGGGAAACUUCUUCCCCCACCUGGCUACACCGACUCUGCUCUAA